AUGGCCACGCCGCUCCGCGUACUCGAUCUCGAAGCGCUCCGCGUCCUCGUGACCGAAGACAACUCGAGCAAGUUUGCGGUCGACGCGCACCACCGCGGUAUCGAGAAGAUCGCCGACCUCUCGGGCAUGCCCAAGCUCUACUCGCUCGACGUCUCGUUCAAUCGCCUCACGCAGCUCGAGCAUCUCCACACGGCAAAGGACUUACGCGAGCUCAAAGCCUACAACAACCAGCUCACGUCUGCGUCGGGCCUCAAAGGGAACCAAAAUCUCGAGGCUGUCCUUCUCAGCGACAACGCCAUCGAGGCGCUGCCGGAGGACUUGACAGCGCUCUUCAAGCUCAAAACACUACAGCUCCACGGCAAUCGCAUCAGCCGUAUCGAACACCUCAAGAAUGCUCGCCACCUGACGUACUUGGACUUGAGUCGCAACCGCAUUGCGGGUGCGCUGGCGACGGGACUGCAAACGCUCAGCGCGCUCGAGUACUUGAACGUCAGCGACAACUUGCUCUCGAGCAUUGGCAAUAUCGAGAGUCUGAAGAAGCUAGACGAGGUCAACGUGAGCGGCAACAAGCUCACGUCCUUGAGUGGCGUGUACCCGCCAAGCUUGUCGGUGCUUCGGGCCGACCGCAACCAGAUCGCCGAUGUCAUGUCUCUGCCGCUGCUUCCAGCGCUCACAGAGCUGUAUGUCGAGGGCAACCAGCUCCAAGAUGUGGGCAUCCUCGUCGAGCGUGCGCCGCAGAUGGAGACGCUGGACUUGCGCAACAAUCGACUGCGCUCGAUCAUGGACCUCCGCUGCUUCCAAGCCUACGCGACGCUGGAAGACCUGUGGCUACGCGGCAACCCGUGCACGCUCUCGUCCACAUAUCUUGUCGAUGCUCUGGACUUUUUGCCGACAUUGCAGUUUCUUGAUGAUCUCAAGCCGCAGCAGAUCCGCGAGAGUCCCAACCCAACCAAACUUCUCGAGGCGUUGGCGACGCGGCCAGCAACACCAGGCCGUCCAAUCACGCCUGGGCUCAGUCGUCCGUCCAGCGCGUCGAGCCGGCCAUCCACUGCCGAAGGCAGACCGUUGAUCGCUCGGCCUUCGUCGCGCGCGGGACUGCAGACCAAGAUGCUGUCGCCGGCCGAUGUAGAGAAAGCUCAAAGUGACGUGCGUGGCCGGCUCGAGAAGCUGCGGGCGAUGAUGGACAAGCUCUGCGGUGGCGACACGCGUCCUCGUAGCGCCGACAUCGCGCCCCAUGAGACGCGCUCCACUGUGUUUGUGACGGCGACGUCCAGCGCCGACAUUUACACCGUCACGUUGGAUGAUGCCGUCGAUGUCACGAAGAAGGCAGCCGCCAAGGAACGGCCGGACGCUGCCACCCGAGCACCCCCGAUGAUGACGCCGCCAAAAGCCAUCCCAGCACCGGUAGCAAAGGUGGCCUCGUCUCUAGCGCCACGCGUCCAUACAACGACUGUAAAGAAGCAUGACAUGGGCACGGACCCGCUCGAGGACAAUGCGAUUCCGAUUCGACCUGCAUCGGCUGUCACGACGCCACGUCGAGAAACGGGGAACCAGUCGACACUCGACGCCGCAGACACAGAACCCGCGACCGUCGAGGAAGCCAUGAAGCGCGAGCUGCUCUCUGGUCUCGUGCACACGGAUGAUAUCGUCUUGGAAGACAACAUAACCAAGACCAACGACGACGACGAGGUCCCGUUCGUCGACUCGGCGCGGCAGGCGGAGAAGCGGGCGCGUCCUACGGCCGCCGAGCGCAGCGGCUUUCGUCUCUUUCGGAUACCCGCGAGUGCCAAGCGCUUCAUGCAGAGCACGGUCGCGACAUGA